GGUCAGCCAGCAGCAUGCAAUACUUCUGGGCAGCACUUGCUGCUGCCUGUCACACUGAGUGAGGGGAGGUGGCCCUGGACAGCUGAGGAGCACACAAGGCCUCAGCAGUGCACAGGUAGACUCGACGUGGACCAUCACAGACGGCCAGCGCUCACCCCACGUCUGCCAGCCUACCAAGAUGGAAGAAAGUACCUUUGAAACAUUUGCUGAAGAUAUCAUCCCCACAGAAGAGUUGGAGGAGUUGCCUGCGCCGGGUGAAAGCCUACCGAAGAGCAUGGAGGAAAUCCCGAGUCAAGAUGUUCCCGUCUCUAAGAAAAGUGCAGGAAGCCCCCCCACAGCCGAUGACCCAAAAGGGACCGUGGAGGAAGAGAAAAAGAAACGGCCUCCUGAAUCAAGCCCCAUAAAGGAGAAAUCAAAGUCAGUUACCCUGGAGAAGACUGUGAGAAAGCCAGUGCCAAGCAGUGAAGAAGCACCCUGGAAUGGGAUCACACUGAACCGAUGCCUCCUUGUGGCUCUCAUCAUUGUGCUCAUCACAGCCGGCUGCCAGAUGUUACACGACAUGGUUUUUGAAGACAGUGAAGUUUCACAAGCCAAGCUGGAGCUUGAAAUUGAGCAAGAACCUGAAGUGCCAGUCUGGUUUGACAGCGAUGAAGUGGAAGAGACCACCUCAGAUGAGGUACAGACAUCAUUCUUCGAUAACUUGGUCUGGUGGUCAUGGGUACCUGAAGUGGAAGAAAGGGAUGACACAGAUGGUGCUACUCGUAGAAGAAGGAAAUUAGUGUCAAGGCGAGCCAAAAGCGGUGAGGUAGAAAGGGACAAACACAAAGGCAGAAUGGAUAAGGAGGGAAAGCCCCAAAAGGAGAGGACCAAGACAAGGCCUCAAGAAGAAAGAAUCCAGAAGUCUCAAAAAGAAAAAAAGGACACAGCACUGAGGCUGGAAAAAAGGCAAACCAAACCAUUCAAAAUACUCAAGGACAAGAAAAGAGAAGGGCGCAAGGAAGAGGUGCUUGACAAAAGGGACGAGCACAAAGAGAGGCGCAAACUGGGACAGGACAGGGAGAGAAGCAUCGAUCACAAAGGAAAGAAAGAACACAAAGAAAAGAAGAGUGGACAGGAUAGGGUCAAGAGUGAAAAUCACAUAAAGCGUGUACAUAGACAUGAGAAGAAAGGACAAGAUCACCUGAAGACGACAGAUACCAAGAAGGACAUCAAACAGAAGCACGAGAAGAUUUCAAAAAUCAGUGACCAAAGGAAACACAUUGAACACAGACACGAGAAGAGUGGAAAGGAAACCUCAAAGAAAAGUGACCAUAAGACGCAUGUUGAACAUGGGCAUGAGAAGACUGAAAAGGACACCCCAAAGAGUACUGAACACAAGCAGCACCAUGGUCAUGGUCAUGAGAAGAGUAGAAAAGAAACCUCAAAAAGUAUUGAGCACAAGAAACAUGAUGAACAUGGACAUAAGAUGACUGAAAAGGACACCUCAAAGAGAAGUGGCCACAAGAAGCACCAUGAACAUGAACAUGAAAUGAGUGGAAAAGAAAGCUCAAAGAGUAGUGACCAUAGGAAACAUGGUGAACGUGGACAUGAGAAGACUGGAAAAGACACCUCAAAGAGUAGUGACCAUAAGAAGCACCAUGAACAUGGACAUGAAAUGAGUGGAAAAGAAAGCUCAAAGAGUAGUGACCAUAGGAAACAUGGUGAACGUGGACAUGAGAAGACUGGAAAAGACACCUCAAAGAGUAGUGACCAUAAGAAACAUGGUGAACAUGGGGAUGGAAAGACUGAAAGGGGCACUUCAAAGAAAAGUGACCACAAGAAGUACCAUGAACAUGGACAUGAAAAGAGUGGAAAGGAAAGCUCAAAGAGUAGUGACCAUAGGAAGUAUGGUGAACAUGGACAUGAGAAAACUGGAAAGGACACCUCAAAGAGUAGUGACCAUAAGAAACAUGUUGAACAUGGGCAUGGAAAGACUGAAAAGGACACCUCAAAGAGUAGUGACCAUAAGAAACAUGUUGAACAUGGACAUGAGAAAACUGGAAAGGACACCUCAAAGAGUAGUGACCAUAAGAAACAUGUUGAACAUGGGCAUGGAAAGACUGAAAAGGACACUUCAAAGAGUAGUGACCAUAGGAAGCACCAUGAACAUGGACAUGAGAAGAGCGGAAAGGAAAGCUCAAAGAGUAGUGACCAUAGGAAGCAUGGUGAACAUGGACAUGAGAAGACUGGGAAGGAUACCUCAAAGAGUAGUGACCACAAGAAGCACAAUGAACAUGGACAUGAGAAGAGCGGAAAGGAAAGCUCAAAGAGUAGUGACCAUAGGAAGCAUGGUGAACAUGGACAUGAGAAGACUGGGAAGGACACCUCAAAGGGCAGUGACUAUAGGAGGCAUGGUGAACAUGGACAAAAGACUGAAAAAGAUACCUCAAAGAGUACCGAUCACAAGAAGUAUCACAAACAUGAACAUGAGAAGAGUGGAAAGGAUGGUGACCAUGUGAAGCAUGGUGAACAUGGACUUGAGAGGAGUGGAAAAGAAAGUUCAAAGAGUACUGACUAUAAGAAGCAUGGUGAACAUGGGCAUAAAAAGAGUGGGCAUGAAUCCUCCAAGCACGGUGGCCACAAGGCACACAGCCUCAAGGGAAAUACUUUCACCCUCCAAUGGGACAAAUUCAUUUUUAAAACAACAGAGGGAAAUAAAACCCGCUAGCUGACGCCCAGAGGAGAAGCCACACGAGGCCUGCAAGCUCCAAGUGGCAUAUUUUUUUU